AUGAAGCUCACACAAACAAACGACGUCAAAGUAUAUACCGUCUCUGGGUCGGAUACCGGCCGCUCGCUGCCUGACUGGCUUGCAAGGAAGCGAAAGCGAUCUCUAAAAAAUGACUUAGCUUAUCAGUCCCGUAUUGAGCUCAUUCAGGACUUUGGUUUCCCUGAAGCAUCUAACCGAGUUCGCGUCACCGAAGAUGGACAAUGGUGUAUGGCCACUGGCACUUAUAAACCACAAAUGCGAAUUUUUGACUUCAAUUCCCUGUCUAUGUCUUUCGAUCGGCACACAAAUAUCGAGAACCUUACGUUCCUUUUACUUGAAGACUCUUGGAGAAAAUCAGUACACCUCCAAAUCGAUCGAUACAUCGAAUUCCACACACCUAUGGGUCUACACCACAGUCUAAGAAUACCACAUUACGGCCGAGAUCUAGUAUAUUGUCGAUGGGCAGCGGAAGUUCUAGUUCCCGCGGAAGGUAGAGAGGUUUACAGAAUCAACCUAGAAAGAGGAGGUUUCAUGAAGCCAUUCGAAGUAAACGAGGAAGUCAAGGAGGUAUUGACCGGUGUACAAAGUGAUGUACACGGUCUUCUAGCUUUUGGCACAGAUCUCGGAACGACAGAGCUCUGGGACCCAAGAGUCGGCUCUCGAGUUGCUACAGUUGAACGGGCAUCAACGGACUCCAUAACAGCGCUUGCAUUCGAUCCUACUGGGUUACAAUUGGCUACUGGUAACGCGGAGGGCUUAGUUCGACUAUACGAUCUACGAUCCCCGAUGCCAUUGCUCACAAAAGACCAGGGUUACUCUUAUCCGAUUCAAAACCUAAUAUAUCUACCACCCGUACACUCAGAAUCCGAAACAAAACUCCUCUCCGCUGAUAAGAGGAUCAUCAAAAUCUGGAGUCCAUCAGAUGGUACACCAUGGACAAGUAUAGAACCUUCAGUAGACAUCAACGACGUAGCGCACGUCAAAGGAUCCGGAAUGCUCUUCACAGCCAACGAAGGACCCGAUAUGCACACAUUCUUCAUCCCAGAACUCGGACCUGCGCCCAAGUGGUGUUCAUUCUUGGACAACGUUACGGAAGAAAUGGAGGAAUCGGUAAUCAGUGGAGUUAAUGGUGAAGUUACGGCUACGACAUAUGAUAACUACAAGUUCUUGACAAAGCCACAAUUGGAACAACUCUCGUUAUCGCAUUUGGUGGGAAGCAGUGUAUUGAGGCCGUACAUGCAUGGUUACUUCGUAAAACAGGAGCUAUACGAGCAGGCUAGGUUGAUCGCGAACCCAUGGGGCUGGGAGGAACAGAGGAAGAGAAUGGUGCAAGAGAGAAUCGAGAAAGAGAGAGAAGGCAGAAUUAGAAGCUCUGGAAAGAAGGUUGCCUCGAAAGUUAAGAUUAACCAGAAACUUGCAGAGAGGCUGGCCAAGUUGGAAGAGAAACUUGAUCGUAGGGCAGCAAGGAAGGCAGAGAAGGAGAAGGAGAAAGCGAUGGCCGAAGGCGACGAAGAAAUGGAAGGCGAGGACGAGGCCGGAGAAGAGAAAGUUCAAGAACAGACCAAAGUUAUGGAGGAUCCUCGUUUCAAGGAUCUCUGGACGAAUCCAGACUUCGAGGUGGACGAGACAUCAUUUCAGUACAUGCUUCACAAUCCUUCAUCUCGCCCCACUGCGGAUGGCGCAAAUGGCGACACCCGCAAACGCCUCACCGCUGUGGAGGAAGAGGAUGCAGAAUCUUCGAACGCAUCAUCGGACGAGGAAUCCUCCUUUUCGGAAUCUGAGCCCGAGGAGAAACCGAAGAAGCAAUUCAAGGAGAAGAAGGCACCAAUUAUGCGUAUAUCAACGGCAUCUUACCGGACACAAGGCCAUAGUAGCAAAGAAUCUGGCCCGGCAAGGAAAGAACAAUCAUUCGGAUCACGGAUGGCGGCCGGGGAACACAGCCGGAAACGGGAGAGAAACUUUUCCAAGGGACAGGUCUACGGCGACACCGAAUUCACGUACAAAGUUGAGAAGAAGCAGCCAGGAGGAAAAUCAGAUGCGCAGAGGCCUGUCAACAGAGGUGGUAACGCCGACAGAAGAAAGGACAGGAGAAGCGCUUCUGGAAAUACGUUUAGAAGGAUGGGUGUGUAA